UUCCAGUCACAUAAGCAGCCUUGGAGUGGAAACAGUGUCAGACUCGAUUCUUCUUCCUCCGAGGAAACCUGCCACUUCUAGCUCCCUGCUCUCUGCCUUGCCCCGCGCAGGACCGAGGCUCUGCCUGUGCGCCCCUGCGGCUCCGCGGUGCAUCAGUCUGUCCGCGCUCCGGACCGUGCCCGGUAACUUCGACCGAAGGACAAGCCUCGAGAUGCAGAGCAAAGUGCUGCUCCUGGUGGCUCUGGGCGUGUGUCUCCAGAGUCUGAUCGCCUGGCAUCGAGGGGUGGUGGCCGCCGACAAAAUUACAGGAGGAAAAGAUUUUGUAGACAUUGAAAGUAAAUUUUCUCUAAGGACCCCUGAAGACACAGUGGAGGACACUUGCCACCUCAUUCCUGGGCAACCAGAAUCAGUGGCCAACUGUCACUUCAACCACAGCAGCAAAACCUUCGUGGUCAUCCACGGCUGGACGGUGACAGGAAUGUAUGAAAGUUGGGUGCCCAAACUUGUGGCUGCCCUGUACAAGAGGGAACCCGACUCCAACGUCAUCGUGGUGGACUGGCUGUUGCGGGCCCAGCAGCACUAUCCGGUGUCCGCGGGCUACACCAAGCUGGUGGGAAAGGAUGUGGCCACGUUUAUCAACUGGAUGGAGGAGGAAUUUAACUAUCCUCUGGACAAUGUGCAUCUCUUGGGGUACAGCCUUGGAGCCCACGCGGCAGGGGUUGCAGGAAGUUUGACCAAUAAGAAGGUCAAUAGAAUCACUGGCCUAGAUCCAGCUGGACCCAACUUUGAGUACGCAGAAGCUCCAAGUCGCCUUUCUCCCGAUGAUGCGGAUUUUGUAGAUGUCCUACACACAUUCACCAGAGGGUCACCUGGCCGGAGUAUUGGUAUCCAGAAACCAGUGGGGCAUGUUGACAUUUAUCCUAAUGGAGGCACUUUUCAACCAGGCUGUAACAUUGGGGAAGCUAUCCGCGUGAUUGCCGAGAGAGGCCUUGGAGAUGUGGAUCAGCUCGUGAAGUGCUCUCAUGAGCGCUCCAUUCACCUCUUCAUCGACUCUCUGUUGAAUGAAGAAAAUCCCAGCAAGGCCUACCGGUGCAAUUCAAAGGAAGCCUUUGAGAAAGGGCUCUGCCUGAGUUGCAGAAAGAACCGUUGCAACAACGUGGGCUAUGAGGUCAAUAAGGUCAGAGCCAAAAGAAGCAGCAAAAUGUACCUGAAGACUCGUUCUCAGAUGCCUUACAAAGUCUUCCAUUACCAAGUAAAGAUCCACUUUUCUGGCACCGAUACUGACACACAGACCAACCAGGCCUUCGAGAUCUCUCUGUAUGGCACUGUGGCUGAGAGCGAGAACAUCCCUUUCACCCUGCCCGAAGUUUCCACAAACAAGACAUACUCCUUCCUCAUUUACACGGAGGUGGACAUCGGAGAGCUGCUCAUGCUGAAACUCAAGUGGAACAGCGACUCAUACUUCAGCUGGUCUGAUUGGUGGAGCAGCCCCGGCUUUGCUGUAGAGAGGAUCAGAGUGAAAGCAGGAGAGACACAAAAGAAGGUGACCUUCUGUGCCCGGGACAAAGCGUCUCAUCUGCAGAAAGGGAAGUCAUCUGUGGUAUUCGUGAAAUGCCACGAGAAGUCCCUGAGUAAAAGCUCUGGCUGAAACUGGGCAAACCUACAGAAGAAAGAACAGCACAUGAAUUCUGUGAAGAAGGAAGUAACUUUUACAAAAGAUGCCCAGAGCUUUGGGUGGUUAAAAGUGAAUUUUCCUGAGUAUUAAUCCCAGCUAUCCUUGUUAGUUGUUUUAAGGGACAGUCUCAAAUAUUAAGAAGUAGCUAAUUCAACUUGAGGAGUAUAGUGGCCAAAUAGCACAUUUUCCAACAUUAAAAAACAGCAGGUAUGAAAAGCACUGCAUUUUGUCCUUUGAGAAAGAACUAAGAAUUGUUUGGACAGUGGUAAAAUAAUAAAGCUUCUUUAUGUAGUGAGUUUAGCCAUAGCCUACAAUUGAUUAUAACCUCCUAUUUUAACUGGAAUUCUGCAGUCUCUGGAUCGAUACAUUCUCAAAGUAUUCUCCAAGUCUGAGAACAGAAAAUAUUUUUUUUCUGGCCUGAGUUUGACCCAUUUCUUUACUGGUCUAAACACCCACCUUUCUGGAGCAGUUUCCCUCUUGUCAUUGGAUGUGGUCCAGGAGUUAACCAGGAACCAGUGGCUUGGCGCGCGGAAGGGAGAAUAGAGUUGAACUGAACCUUUAAACACUCCCUGUGGUUGGUUGCAUCAUAACUGAGUUACAAAUUAAAGGAGAUAAAAAAUUUAGAACAAUUAAAUCUUAAUGGACUUUACAGUUUACUGCUUAAUCUCUUCCUUCCUUUUCUUGCUUUGUCUCAGUUAUAUUUUAACAAUGCUCCCUGGGUAGGUGUUAAAAGGAGCCUGUCUUACUCAGCUGACACGCAAUUUUAACUAUGGAGAAAGAAAGUGAUCCCAUAAUUUAGUAUCAGAGUUUCAAAACUAUGUUCAUCAUUACUUCAUCAAAACUUCAUUUUGAAGUUUUUACCAUCCAAUGGUUUCUAUUCAGUCCUAGGCUUAUCUGGGUCACGCUUCAGUCAUACUUUGAGCAUGUCUUUCUUCCCUGGUUUUGAUAACAUCUUUGAAGUCAAAUUUUGUGUCACUCAAAGACCUACAAAUUUUAGACAAGGACCAUUUUUACCAAGUAGAGUGAUGGAAAAACCACUGGGACAUAUUUGUAAACAGCACUUAAAACCCUUGUGGGCGACGGGAAGAAUGCUCAGUUGCCACAGCCACUCAAAAUGUCAUGAGAGUUGUUGUUUUUAACAACUAGUCAGGAGUGAGAGAGCAAUUAUUUAUAAACUAGAUCUUCUGUGUUCAGAAUGCUUUUCUAUAUAUUAAUAUAAAAUGAUAAAGAAGUCAAAUAUGUCAGAGGCUAUUGUUGGGAACCCAAACUGUGAACACGUUGUGGACACCCACGCACACACUCACUUACAGAAGAAGCCCCGCCUGUGCAUUAAUUACUCAGCGCCCUGGAAGGUGAAAGAUCAACAGAUGUAUGGGAAUUUGUUGGCCCUUCCUCUGGGAGACAUGGUUGUGCCCAUGUAGAGCAGGAUGAAUGCUGGGAUCGGUAUCAGCCAGUCUGGCAUGAAUUCUCUGUAAAAAUAAAAUGUUGUGCGAUUAGCGUUUGGUGUUCCCCCUUUAUUGCUAAAUCAUUAAUCUUCUGGAUUUGGGUUUUUCGAGCAAGGAUGCAUAAGCUUAAGAACAUAUGAAUCAAAUCAAUAUAUGGCCCUGGGAACACUGGCUUCUAUAGAUUUCACUAUAUAUUAUAUAUUAGCAGUGCUUUGGCUUUAAGUGUUAUUUAUUAGCUGUAAAUACUUGUGUGUAUGUGUCAAAGGGGUUGUACAUAUGGGGAAGGCGGUCAUGUGGUCUGCAUUUCUAGAUGUGUGGUGCUAACUCUGUACGUGUCUAUCAGUGACGGUCUCACUGAGCCGACUUAUUCUGAUGAAGUAAUACGAUAAAAUGGGCUUUCAGAAAAAACAAACUUACUUAAUUAUGUGAAGUUCUAAUAAAAUUGACAAAACUUUAUUACAA